AUGGCGUCCAACGCGCACCGCGACAUGUCCAUGGACAGCGCCAAGGCGCGCCACCUGCAGGUCAUCUGGAACAAGAAGGUGAAGGCGCUGGCCAGGCAGACGCGCUUCACCGAGGACGAGCUGCAGGCCCUGUGCCUCGUCUUCCACAAAAUUUGCGAGACCUACGAGUGGUGGGGCAGCGGCAUCACCAAGGACCGCGUGGACCGGCUGGACAUCCAGGGCUUCCGCGACGGCAUGAGCGCCCUCCUGGACAUGGCGGGCACGGCGUCGCUGGACGCGCUCUACGCGGCCCAGGACCCCAACAACAAGCGCUACGUCACGGCCAGCCGCUGGAUCAGGGCGCUGGACGCCGUGCAGGGGAGCGACGAAGACAGGGCCAACCUGUGCUGGCGCGCCUACCUGCACGGCGAGGAGGGCGGCGCCACGCUCACCCGCGCCACCAUGGCCAAGUACACCAAGAACAUGUUCAUCGACGUCGGGAUCGAUGACUUCAGCGGGUUCUGUAAGGAGUUCGUGGACACCAUACUCAAGGACACCGCGGCCGGCAAGGAGGGCUUCAUGACGCACAAGCAGUACCUGAACCUGGUCGCCAAGUCGCCCCUGUUCACCGAGUUCCUGCUCGAGCUGCUGCCCUCCAGGGACGCCAUGCGCACCUUCCUCGCCACCCUCAGCCCGCCGCCGCGCCCCCCGAGGGGAAGGAGGGCCUGAGCCUCUCCUCCCGAGAUGUCAGAUUCUCUUUAAAAAGCGGAAAGUUAAAAAGAAGUAUUAACAGUUUUAUUGCAGUUAUCGUAUUCUUACAAAAAGGCACUUCUCGUCCCUCCACACA